AUGGAUUCAGAACAUCAGUCAUCGUAUGAAUCACUUUCGUUGAACAAUUAUGAUGAUUUCAAGGUUUGUAUAGUUGUAGUUUUUUAUUGUUAAAAGUUUCCCCGAAAUUUCUCCGAAUAUUUUCGUCUUGGUACUGAUUUUUCAAUUUAACAAAAAAUUUCAGAAAAUAAAAUGAACUACUUUAUUUUUUUUGCGGUUAGAAACUUUUUUAGAAACAUUUUAGAUGACCUUAGUUUGAAUCCGAUAAAAACCACACCCUUUUAUUAUUAAACUUACUCAACAUUUUCUUCCAAAUUUUCUGGUUCAUUUUUUUGUAGGUUUGAAGAAUGAUAUGAUUUCUGGUUGCUUAGAAAGUUAAUGGGAACAUUUUAACUAAUUUUAAUUUUCUGAAAGAAAAAGAAUACAAAAUUCAGUUUUCAAAGAUUGAAUUGAACGCAUAAAAUUUUUAAUUUGAUCAAUCAACUCAUUUUUAUCUUCAUUGUAUGUAAAUACUCAAAUUUUCGGAAUUCAAAACAUCUUUUUCAAUCAAAAAAUUCAGUAGGAAGCCAUGACAUCACAAAAAGUACAAAUGUCAAUAAAAAUUUCAUUCUUUUCAUUUUUUCCAACAAACUUUUUCUAUAAAUUGUUCGAAACUUUUUUCAUUUUCUAAAAUUUUUUUCUCUAAUUUUUCUUUAAAUUUGAGAAGGAAUUGAGAUAACUUGAUUUUCUAGUCAGUACAAAUCUAAUUUUCUUUUUUUCUGAAAAAAACUGAAAGUUCUAAAAGUAACCAGAUUUUUCUCUCUUCUUUUCUUCAACCAAUAAUUGGGUUUUCAGAGUCCGGAAAGUUCAGAUUGGGAAGAUUACGCCACACCACUUGCUGGAAGUUUUACCUCACUUGCCGAAAUGCAAAUCGACAUCGUUACAACACAUUCCGACGAAGAGCCGAAAGAAUUCGAUUCUCGAGAAUUAACACCAAUAAUUCGCGUCGAAACACCAAUCAAUGAUCUUUUUUUGAGAAAUGACGAAGAAAUUGUUGAGGAAAUUCUCGAAGAUAUUUUGCUGAAAAUUGUGCAAAAUGAGAAAACCGAACAACAACUACAAAAAGUGGCACAAUUUCGACCAAGAAGUAUUAUAACACCAGUUGGAUGUUCACAUUUUCUAAAUAGUUCAAGUUCAGAAGAGGAAGAAGAUGAGGCUGAAAAUGAUGAAGAAGCUGAAAUUGUAUCAAUUUUCAGCCAAAAGCAAACUUAUCCAACGAUUUUCGAGGAACCUGAAGAUGUUGAUAUUUCCAAUGAUUUGCAAGAAGUUUCAGAUGAAUUUGAACAAAUUUUUGCAGCAAUUAAUGAAUUCGGGUAAGUUUUUUUUUUGGGUGUGUCAGUUUAGAAUACGAAAAAACCAAACGAAUAAUGAUAAUCGUUCAAACAUCAAUGGAUAAGUAAACAUUGUUUAACUUUUUUAUGGGUCUGGUUUGAUUUUUUUUCUGUUGUUGAGAGGAAAAUCGCGCGGCGAUUUAUGGGGGACAUUGGUUUUCAUAGAAAAAAAAACUAGAAAAGUUAUGGAUGAUUUUUAAAGGGGAGAUUUAUUCUUUUGUUGCGUUUUGUAGGAAAAUAGGUUAAAAUUUUCGGAAUUUGAGAAUUUAUGAAAAGCAUUGAAAAUUUUUUUUAUUAUUUUUGAAUUUUCAGAUUGUGAAAAAAAACUAAUAAAAUGUUUUUUUUUAUUUCAAAACAAUUUAGAUAAACUCACUGCUUCUGAAAGUUAUUGUAAUUCUCAAAUUAUGUCAAUUUUCGGUCCCCAUUUUCAUGAUUUUUUUAACAAAAAAGUUAUCAAAUGUUCAAAUUAUGCCAUCUCGUGACAAAAUACAAAAUAAAUAUAAUUUUUCCUAUGGGAACUAUUGUGAUGGGAGGCUUCUAAACUGAAUAAAACACCUGAAACCAAAUUCCGACGUGAAUGAUCUCGGGUCCCAUGAUUUUUCAAUAUUUCCAAAUUGAAAGAAAAGCCCAAAAUAAAAAUAGAAUCUGAAAAAAAGCAUUUAUGGGUUUAUGAAAAAAUUAAUGAGCAUUGCAGAAUAUGUAUAUUUUAUGGAUAUAGGGCUGGAACUGUUUCCUAGAAGCACAUAAUUUUUAUUUGAAUAAAAAUGGGAAGAUAAAAAUAGAAAUAGAAAUCACGCGGCAAUUGAAAUAAUUGAGAAAAUUAUAAUAAUGGGAAUUUAAAAAGAAACUUUAUAUAAUUUUGAAAAAUAUUGAGCUAGAGCUAAAAUGUUUUGCAGUUUGUUAAACAAUUUUUGGUAAGAAUCGUCAAUUUCCUCAUUCACUCAUCUACCUAAUUUUAUAAAAACAAAAAUCUUGACCUUUUUUCCAAUUGAUAUUAGUAAAGUGAUAAACAAAAAGAAGUGGGAGAGAGGGAGGAAACGCCUAAAGUAAUUACAUGACUCACGGUCACUUUGUAUAAUACAGGAAGAAAAAAAGAAGAAGAGGAUGGAAAUGUCGAAAUGGUAGAAGAAGAUGGAGUAGAACGAAUUGAGAGACAACGACAAAACAACAAGACUGAGACAGUGAAUUGUUGUAUUUCGAAAAUGGAGGAUAAGAUUAUACAGGUGCGUUUUUUUCAUUUGAAGUUCUUUAUAUUUUUGAUUUUUAAAAUUAAAUUGGUUGCAUGGUUAUUCAUUUUCGGUGUGAGAUGUUUUUUGUAUAGGUAAAUUUACGAGAAAAAAAAUCAAUUUUCGAUAAUUUAAUAGGAUUAGAAGACAGUUCUCCUAAAUUAUUUUUAUAAACAUUUUUUGAAUCGAAAGUAUCGAUCUAAUAUCUUCCAAUUCAGUUUUCUUCACAUUACUUAUUUGAAAAAAAAAACUAUUUCAUUGAUUUUGAAAUUUCAAAAAAAAAGACCGUGAUUAUUUCGGAUUAGUUCCGCAAUUUUCGAAAAAUAUUUUUGUAUGAAAAUUUUGACUCAUUUUGCCCAAUUCUUAUUUUUUCCAUAAUAUUCAAAUGAAAAAUGAGUCUAGUUUGAAUUGCUGUGAACCAAAAAAAGUUUUUAUGAUAUGAAACAUUUCAGAGCUUUAUUUGAGACAUGACUUGAUUUUAAUUUUCUAAAAUUUUCAAAAUUCAUGAUUCACUUUUAAAAUUCACAACCCCUUUCCGCAUUGAAAAAAUAAUGUUUGUGUUCUGACGCGAGAGCAAUUAAACAAGAACAAUUCUUUGAUCUUCCUAUCUUCUCCCAAAUAAUACACAAUAAGCCUAAUUUAGGUUUUCUUUCAAACAAAAAAUCAAAUGUUCGAUUCGAUUCAAUUCGGUACUUAUUUAUAUGUAAACAAAGUUUUUUUGUUUCAUUACAAUUUGACUCCAAUUUUAAGCCGACUCUAUGUUUUUCUGUAAACAAUGAUGAACUGCCGCGUGAUUUGUUGGAACGAUUCCAUUAUUCUUUUUUUCUAUAGAUUUUGCGCUUUUGAUUCUGUUCUUUUUUCUAUCAAAGAACAUCUGCGGUUUUUGUUUAUCUUGAAAUUGUGUACGGAAAAAUCAUGUGAAUUACUUGCACAAAAUGUUUAUUUUGGUUAACCAGAUGCUUGUUGUUCGAAAUCACAAGGCGGAAAUUCGAGAUGACCUUUUUAAUUAACUGAAAAUAAAUGAACCUAAUAAGUUUUGUCAGAAACUAGACUAUAGUUUCAACAUAUAUAUGAAAGGAAAAAAAAGAAGAAAAAAUUAUGCUAAUUUUGUAUUGGGCCAAGAUAUUUUCAUAGACAUGAAUCACAUUAUUCCGAUAGAAAUGGCAAAUUUUUCAAACACAAAUCCUUUGGUUUGGUCAAUGUGGUCAUAUUUUUUGCAACAAAAAACUAAUAAUUUUUGGAUUAUUGUAUGAAUUUCAAAACCAGUAUGAUUCAAAUUUUUAUGUAAUAGUUUAUCUGCAUCAUUUUUGAAAUAGUGCAAUUUUUUGGUUCGCGGGUACCUAGGCUUUAGGGCUUCUUUAGGCUGCUCUUUAUGGUGAUGUAGAUCACAUAGAACCAAAAAACCUUAUCUAAAAUCAUUUCUGAUUUCACAUGACGUUAAUGAAUUCCACCUGUUUUCCAAAGAAUAACCACACAUAUAUUUUUCCCACGCAACCAAUAAAUCUUACCGUAUCCAAAAAUCUGUCAAAAACUAUAACCGUUAACAUAAAAAACUUGUCAAAAAGUGUAUCAUUUUAGUUUGGUUUGGUUUUUUUUUUGACGAAACCGCCAACAUCUUCUUUUUUCUUCGUAUUUUUCCAACUGACUGCAGAAAAGAAAAAAGAAACAAAGGGCAGAAAGAAUAUUUUCUCUUUCAUUCAAUGUUUUUUGCUGUAAAUUCGCUGUAUGUAUCUUUCUUUAUAUGAUGAUGAUGAUAGAUGCAUUAUUAGAAGACACUUUCAGAUGAUUUAUUCAUGAGUUUUUAUAGGCAAACUGAAUUCAGUUCGUCUUUUAGUAUUUUUCGUUGUGAAGUGGGCCCCGUUGUUCUUGACAACAAUAACAUCAAAAAAACUAUAUUUGUGGCUUGCCUUUGAAUUUUAUUUUAUUUAUAUUUUUGUUUGUGUUCCAAAUGCGCUUAUGAUUCUUCUCUCCCCAUCUCUUCAAUACUCUUUUUUUCCAUACAUACACGCGCUUUUCUUUGCUUUUGUAAUAUUUUAUUAGUUAUACGGAACUAAACACAAACUUUUUGGUUAUUCAUAAUACUAUUCGUAGUUUUUUGUUCUUUUUGCAAGAAUUUGUCAUUUUAUGACUAGCAGAUGCUAGAGGUCAAAUCCCUUUUCGAAACAACUCGUGCUAAUCUAUUUUUAGUCCCAUACUCAAAAAAUGUGGUGGUAAUUUGAGGUUUGGUGUAAAAUGAGACAACCCACGAGACAUAUAAAGGUCCACCCACAAACUUGUUACUUUUUCCAUGAAAAAUAAUAUUUAUGUGGAUUACAAGUCCAAAGAACUAUGAUUUGUUUUCAAUAAAAAAAACAAAUUUGAAUUUGAAUUUGAAUUUCCAUCUGGUCGGUUUUUUAACAACUCACGAGUGUUUCGAUAAGCCCCGCCCAUCUCGAAUUUCUUUUUUUCACACCGCCGUUUUUUUUUGUUCCAUAUGAGUUAGGUCUAGAGAGAGCUAUGUUUCAGAUUUAAAAGAACAUCCAGAUAAUACUGAAAGCAAUCGGACCAAAUUGGCUUUUAAAAAAUUGGACCACCCACGAUGUUCAUUACAAAUUUUUUUAGUCAGAAAAACCAUUAGGAUUCCGUAAGAGCUUUCUGAUUUUUAUUCUCAUAGCAUCUAGAAAAUAAUGGUAAUGGAUUCUAAAAAAAUAUGAGCCUGCCCAUUUCAGCCCACAUUUUUUUAGUCAGAAGACCCAUUAGGAUUCUGAAAAUGACUUUCUAUACGAGUAAUGGAUUUCAAACAGCCCGCCCUCGUUCACACAAAUCUUCCUUUUUUGGAUCUCCCCAGCUUUCUCAUUUUCUCACAUCCUUCAUCAACAAAUAAGGCUCAUUUUUCCUGACUUCCAUCGAAAAAGUGAUGAAUUUCUUGGAUUUAAAAAUAGACCACCCACAAAGUUUUUUGAUUUAUUCAUGUAUUCGUUUUGGCAUCAGAACUUUUACAAACCUUUUCGAAUUUGUCAUUCUGUUCACCAUCUGCUCCUAUUUCAUAAUAACUCCGCCCAUUUUUUCAUUUUUCAUUUUCACACUUUUUCAAUUUGAGUUUUUUAUUCUUUAUUUAUUAAUUAACUGCAGAAGCAGGCAGAAUUCUGAAUUUUAAAUUGAACAUUUUUUUCAUCAAAAUUUUCUGAACUAUUGUCAUAGUUCAAAAAAACGUGUAUGUGAAAAACAAACAAACUUAUCAAUUUUUCCUACCAAAAACCAGUACUCUAAAUAUAAAAACCAUAAAAAGUCUGGAAUCGACCUCCCCAUUUUUCUACAUAUUUCACAAUUUAUUAUUUUAUUUCCCAAACGGGUGUGUCCUUAUCAAAAUUUUACGACUUUCAUCGUUUUUUUUCUAGAAAUUGUGUGUGUGUGUUUUUAUUUUAUUUCAAUCAUCAAAAAUUAUGCAACCGAAAACUUUUGAAAUUGACAUAAUUACACCUAGGUUGACCUAUUUUAUCAUGGUUUACACCUGCUUUAGUUGUUCAAAUCAAAUGAAACCAGAUGGUAUUUUUGCAGGUUAAUAAUCUUGGAGAGGAUUUCAAGAUGGAGAAUUUGAAAUUGGAGAAUGAUCGAUUACGAUUUGAAAAUGAAGAAUUGGCGAAGGAGCUUGCCAAUGUCCAAAAACUUUUGAAAGAAGCAAAUCAUACAAUUGAUGAGAUUGAAGUUGAAGCCGAACAGGUUAGUUUUUUCUUUUUUCUAUGUAUUUUUUUGUAUACAUAACAAAAACUAUACAUUUCUAUAAUCAUAUUAGUUGCUAUCUCCCCCGCUCCCCCCAAAACCGUCUCAUGGAAGAACGGCAACCUUGAAAAAAUUAAUCAAAUUAUAUGCUUAUCAUGUGGCGCCCGAAAGACCACCCGGAAAUGACAUUCAUUAUUUUUCAGCAAUACACUGAAAUGACAUCGGAAAUUGAUGAACUUUGUGAAGUUGUUAUGAAAAAGGAUGAAGAAUUGGCUGGAUUCAAAGAAAAGGUUGCGACAUUUCAAUCAUUGGAACAACAGAGAAGUUUGGAUAUGGAUUCGCAGAAAAAUAUUGCAAACAGACAAAAAGAAGUGAUUGAAGAGUUGCGUGAAGAAGUCGAUGGAUUGAUGAAAAAAUUGUCAGAAAUGACAAAAUUAAAAGAUAAAGCUGUGGAAGAGGCGACGUUGAAUAAAAUCAAGAAUCAGGAGAAUGAACGAUUCUUGGCUGGAAAAGCACAAUUAUCAGUUGAGAUUGAAGAUCUUCAGAGGGAACUCAAUAAACAGAAAAUGAUCUUGAAUAAUACAAGCAUGUCAAAACUUGCUGAUGCUUUUGAAAAGAAAAUUGUUGUUUUGGAAAAUGAUGUAAGAGAGAGGGAUAUGUUGAUUUGCAAACAGAAUCAGCUUAUUAACAGCCAACGAAAGUCACCAACUGGAAUCAAGAAACCAUUUGGAGGUGGGUUUUUUGGAAGUCAUGAAGUUUUCUGAAAUGUUUUAGAAUUUUGUUAAUAAUCUUCAUCUUGAUAAAAAUUUCCCAUAUAUUUCCAGGAAGUCGCGCUGCUGCUCUUGCCGCUGAAAUUCCAAGUGCUGGAAGCAGCUCUGAAUCAUUCCAACAUGGUUUGGACCAAGAGGCUAAAGACACAAUUAUGAGCUUUAUUUUGAGGUAAAUUCUAAAUUCAAAACAUUUCUCAAAAAAUCUCUUAAUUUUUUUUAGUGAUCGUUACAUGCAAUUGGCAAACAUUUACAAUAUUGGAAGGAUACUUGAAUUACUGCCACAUGAAGAGCGAGCUUUGGAAAGGCAUCUCACAAAAGAUAGAUUCACCUAA